AUGAACAGAGGACUAGCUGUGGUCUACCCGAUACCACAAGUAUAUGGUAUCGGCAUCAUGUUUGGGCUUUAUUGGCGUUACUUUAAGUUGCUAAUGAGCCUUGUGCUUCCAAUAUUUGUGCCUGAGAGGGUGAUGGAUGUUUUGGUGGAUAUUGCCUUUUAUUAUUUGGUAGUAUCCACUGAGCUCUUGUAUAAGUGGUCCACUUUUGAAGAACACCGUGAUUACUUUGCCAUGAAGAUUUAUCAUGGAGGGAACAUAUUUGAGAACAAGUAUGUAGGUGGGAAGAUCUCAUAUUAUGAUUACGUGGAAAAGGAUAAGAUGUUUUUGACCGAGGUAGAUAACAUGGUAAAGGGGCUGAACCCAGAUUAUGGUGGGAGUAGGAUAGAUUAUUGGUUUAGAAUAGGUUCAGAAGAUGAUGCUUUGACCAAGUUAAAUUCAGAUUUGGAUGUGAUGACCAUGGUGUGUUGUGUACCAGAUGAGAGGUUAGUGAUUCUAUACCUAGAUCACAUAUAUGAAGGUGAUGAAGAGGGUAAUGAGGAGGAUGAGGUGUACAUGUAUCCAGCUGACUUUGACUUUAUAUUUAGUCAGUCUGGAUCUACUGGUGUGGUGAUUGAAGAGCUCCCUGAUGAGCCUAGACAGAAGCCGACCUGUGUGAUUGAGGAGAUAUUUGAUGAUCCCAAGAAGCCUACUAAUGAGACUAGGAAGCCAAAGAGAAGUACUGGUAUAGUUAUAAAAGAGGUUGAUGAUUGCACUCUUACGCAAGGCAGCAAGGUUUCUGAUGCAAAUCCGAAAGAGAAGGGGAAAGGAAAACUGUUUCCUGAGGCUAGGGCAGAUGAGGUUAGUGGUUUAGAUGAAGAGGGUUUACAUGACAUAGACAUUCUUGACUAUAUGCAGUCUUUUGGUUGCAUGCCUAGUCAAGAAAAGAGAGUUGAAGAUGAGUUUGAGGAGGAUGAUAGUGAAAAGGAUGAAGACUACAUACCUGCUUUUGAGGAUGAGGAUUAUGAUUAUGAGAUUAUUGAUGAUGAAGAUGAAGUGUUAGAUGAACAGAAUAUAUGGUUGGAGGUUAAUGCAAUUGGUGAGUGGUUGGGACCAAGCAUACAUGGAAGUGAAACACAUAAUGUGGAGUUCGAUAGUGGGGCGGAAUUUCAAGAUAAUGAAGAUAUGUUUGGACAAGAGUAUUUGGCUCAGACCAUGUCUUCGGAAGUUAGAGUGAAGGUCUCCAAGCAGAUGGCAUAUAGAGUGAACAAGGCAGCCAUUUUGGCGUUGGAGGGAACAAUUAAGGAGCAGUAUGCAAGACUUAGAGAUUAUGGGAAUGAGCUGAAAAGGGUGGACCCUUCAACAACCAUUGAUAUUAAGUGUGACUUCAACAACUCUAACAAGGAUCCAGUGUUCAAGAGGAUGUAUAUUUGUCUUGGAGCUCUGGAAAAAGGAUUCAAAGCUGGUUGUAGAUCUGUGAUUGGCUUGGAUGGUUGCCAUUUGAGGUCUGCUUUUGGUGGUCAACUAUUGAUAGCUGUGGGAAUAGAUGCCAACAACACCACUUGGGUAAUUGCCUAUGCCAUGGUUGAAAUGGAGAGCAAAGACAGUUGGAUUUGGUUUUUAGAGCUUCUAUGCAAGGACCUCAGUAUAAGGGAGGAUGGAGCAGGUUGGACUUUCAUCAGUGAUAAGCAAAAAGGGCUUCUCCCUGCUUUUGAAGAGGUUGUGCCAUCUGCCCAUAUUAGAUGGUGUGUUAGGCAUAUGUGGACUAAUUUUACCAAGUUAUUUCCUGGGAAGGUGUUGAGGGAUCAGAUGUGGGCUUGUGCAAAGUCAACUACAAUUCCUUUCUUUACAAAAGAAUUGGAUGAGAUGAAGCUGCUCGAUAAUGAAGCAUACAAAUGGAUGAUGCAUGAGGACAGGCCGGCCAAGCAUUGGUGUCGAGCACACUUCAACACAUGUUCGAACUGUGACAUUAUGAUCAACAAUUUAUGUGAGAGCUUCAACAGUUACAUAUUUGACGCUAGAGGAAAGCCACAUGUUAGUAUGUUUGAGGAAAUUAAGGGGAAACUUAUGAAGAGGAUACAGUUGAGAAGGGAAAAGAUGCAAUCAAUGGUGGGAAAUAUAUGCCCCAAGCCGAGAGAUAUACUAGAAAAGAACAAGGUGAAGGCUGCCACUGAUUGUAUUCCAAAUCUGAAUGGUGGUGACAUUUGUGAGGUGGAGAAUAUUGAAGGCUCAAAGAAUGUGGUUGACCUCAAUGCAAGAACUUGCACAUGCAGAAGGUGGGAAUUAAGUGGUGUUCCUUGCAAGCAUGCAGUCUCGGCUAUAUACCAUAAGAGGCAUAAUCCGAAAGACUAUGUUGCUGAUUGUUACUUGAUCAAGACUUACAUGUCUAUCUAUGACAAUCUAAUCCAACCUAUUAAUGGAAUGGAGAUGUGGAGUAGAAGUGAAGAGGCCUGCAUACUUCCUCCACAGUAUUCAAGACAGCCCGGAAGGCCAAAAACAGUACGGAGAAGGGAUACAUCAGAGAAGUUGGCUGGAAAUGGAACAAAGCUUGGAAGAAUCCAAAAGUCACUUAAGUGUGGGAACUGUGGAAGAGUUGGCCACAACGUGAAAACAUGUCACAGGCAUCUUCCUCCAAAGGAUAAGAAUGUUGCAAAUAAGAAGAGGAAGAUGAACAGUGGAGAUGCUUCUUCAUCUCAGCCUAAACCUGGAAAAAGGCCACCAUUGAGUAAAAAUGAAUUGAGGAAAAAGCAUUUACAAGUGGCAGAAUAUCAAAGGAAGAAGAUGGCUGAAUUGAAGGCAUCAAGGAAACAAGGAGCCAAAUCUACUGCUGCCACAACUGCCAAAGCUGCUGCCACAACUGCCAAAGCUGCUGCCACAUCUACCUCAACAAGCACAAGGCCUCCAACUUCAACCAAAGCAUCAAAGGGUCAAGCUCCAAUAGCUUCCAAAUCAUCUCAAAGGAUCAGGGACAAUUUGUCCAACCAUGUUUUGUGUAACUUGGUUGGUAGCUCUAAUGCCCUUUUUGUUAACAUGAUUAGAGCUAUUUGAAAUGCAAACCUAUGUUAUGUUGCAAACACAUUUGAGCUGCUAAGUCUUUUGGAAAUUUAAGAAACUUUCAUGUUUCGUAUGAAUGUUGUUAAAUUUUUUUUUUUUUUGGAAUGUUGUUUAAUUUAUGGCCCUUAAUUCUAACUUCAAAUGUGUUCCCCUA